AACGCAACGCAUCGUCGUAACCUAUUAGUAAAUGUAUCACGUUGAACAGUUCAAGGUUAAAAACAUUUUCAUGUUUAUUUCAUUUGGUUGACGGCAGUUUUACAAAACGUCGAGUUUGUGUUAUUUUGGUGUGAUUUUUUUUAAUGCGCAUACAGGCGCAAUACGAAUGAAAGCAACAAUGGGCGGUGCAGUGCUGUUUCUAUUGUUAGCACUCCCUGGUGGAAUAUAUGGUAGGAAAAUGAUCGAUCUGACACAUACAUUCGAUAAAGAUGCGCCAAAAUACCCUCUCACUUGGCUCGGGGCGGAGAAUUUUACCUACUAUAGAUUAACACCUCUAUUAAAGCGAUACUAUGACGACAUGUGGGUUGAACUAAAUCAAAUAGAAUUUUAUGAGCACCAAGGGACACAUAUUGAUGCACCAAUACACUUUGGAAACGGCCGACAAUCACUGGAGCAAAUACCACCGGAGAAACUUAUAGGUCCUGGGGUCGUCAUUGACGUCCAGGACAAGGUGAGAAACAAUGCUGACUAUGCAGUUACAGUCGAAGAUAUCAAAAUGCAUGAAGCAGAGUAUGGUAGAAUUCCGCCUAACGCCAUCAUAACUUUCAACUCGGGUUGGAGUCGCAAAUAUCCAAACUCAACGCUGAUCUUCGGCACAAAGAAUCUUACUGAUCCUAACACGUUUCAUUUCCCCGGCUGGAGUUUAGAGGCUUGUGAAUUUUUACUCCAGCAAAGACAAGUGUCCGUUGUUGGGUCAGAUACACCUUCUACUGAUCCCGGAAAUCCUCCUGGAUAUCCAUGCCAUAUGUAUCUACAACCAAAUAACGUUCCUCUGCUCGAAUAUAUUGCUAAUUUAGACAGAAUUCCAGCACGUGGUACAACAUUUGUACUAGGAGUUAUGAAGGUACGAGGUGGAUCUGGAGGUCCUACAAGAAUAUUUGCUCUCUUGGAUGAUGAUGAAGACGAUAUAUUCAAUUCAGCGGAAGGUAUCAGGAAAAGUCUUUGGAUGCUCUUUGUUGCGGUGGUAAUUCGACACUUUUCAUAAAAAUCGUACAUUGUUAUGAAUGUAG